ACUUGUACAUUUUCAAACUGUCUGUUGCUCCUGUUUCCACAAGACCUACCUCUCUUCUCCACCCCCACCUUCAAACACCCUUGCAUUUAGGUACAGUACCCUGUAUUUUAUAUUCUUUUGGAUAUUAGAACCCUCAAAGAAGCAUGAUCGAUAGAUAAUUUACCUUGUUAAAAUACAUGAAUUCUUUCAGAUUGUUCUGUGAGGACAGAGAUGGUGUUGGUAAGUGUAAGAAUGUUCCACCUGGUACUGUUGUGGAUUCUGGGAUCACACAUCCAAGUGAGCGAGAUUUCUAUCUCUGCUCUCAUCAAGGUAUUCAAGGUACCAGCAAACCAACUCAUUACCAUAUUCUGUGGGAUGACAAUGAUAUGACAAUGGAUGAUAUACAGAUGCUAACCUACAGUUUAUGCCAUCUGUACUUUCGUUGUACAAGAUCUGUCUCCCUUCCAAGCCCUGCGUACUAUGCUCAUUUGGCUGCUUUCAGGUAAAUGUCUAUGAUUGUUUACAUAUAUAUAUAUCUCAGGAGAGUAUUGAAAUUUUCUUAGUUUUCAAGCCACUUAUUGCUUAAUACGGGGUGGAAGUAAUCAAGGGUUAACACACACCGGACAUUUAUUUUCCUUUUUCUUGUGCCUUCCAUUCAUUCAUGCAGACUGCUGCUUCCUGGAUAUCUAUUCCUUUCAUUUAUAUGUCCUUCACUCUAUCUAUCUGAAUCAUAUAGUUUUUCCUUGACUCCAAGAGAUCACCAUAGUUGAUCAAUGCAUGCAACUGGGGUAAGCAUUACUAAUAUAUUUUAUGUUAUUAUUUUCUGUAUAAUGUAUAUCCAUAAUAUAAAUAUAUAUAAUGGAAUGUGUGCUCAUUUUUUACAGUAACAUAC